AAAGAAGUAGACGAGACGCUGCUGACGAAUGUAUGGAUAGAGCACACGUGGACUGACUACCGGCUGUCGUGGAAUAUGACAGAGUUUGACGGCAUCGAGGUGCUUCGUCUGCCGCCCAACAUGGUGUGGCUGCCGGAGAUUGUGCUGGAGAACAAUAACGACGCCCAGUUCCAGGUGGCCUACUACUCCAACGUACUGGUGGAUUCUACUGGUCUCUGCUACUGGUUGCCUCCCGCUAUCUUCCGCUCCUCCUGCUCCAUCAACGUCAACUACUUCCCCUUCGACUGGCAGAACUGCACGCUCAAAUUCACCUCUCUGACCUACAAUGCUAAAGAGAUCAGGAUGUUGCUGAAGGAAGACGCGGAUGAAACCAGCAAAUGGACGGUGGAGUGGAUCAUCAUCGACCCUGCUAGCUUUACGGAGAAUGGCGAGUGGGAAAUCAUCCACCGGCCGGCCAAGAGAAACACCUACAAGCACGUUCCCAUGGAGAGCAACAAGCACCAGGAUAUUACCUUCUACCUGACCAUCAAACGCAAACCUCUCUUCUACAUCGUCAACAUCAUCAUCCCCUGUGUGCUCAUCUCCUUCCUGGCCUCGCUCGUCUACUACCUGCCCGCUGACA